AUGACGUCACCGUCUGGGCGGUCGACGCUAGACUGCGAGCGGCGUCUGCCAGCGGCGGCGGGCGGGCGGCGGCGGCAGCGGCAGCGGCGGCAGCAGUGCCGGUUCGACGGUGGACCGGGAACGGUCGGGGAGUGGGGGCGAGACGACGGCACGCGACUCGAGCUCCCGGCAUCCAAGAUCCAACUGGAUAAUCGCCAUGAUGAGCUUACCGCGGCGCCUCGCGGCGCUCCUGUGGCUGCUCUUCUCUCUGGCUGCCGCCAGGGAUCAGCCUCGGCUCUCCACGCAGGAGCUGGACGCGCUGGAGAACAUGUGUGACUUACAGUCCCUCUCGGACACCACGUACUGCUACUGCGACCACCUGACGCGUGACGACGCCACCAUCAGCAACUGCUGGGUGUACGGCGACACCAGGCCGAACAGCACCCUCUGGGACACGUUCCAUCAUCAGAAGCGUCUCCACCGUCUCACCGUCAACCUGCGCGGCGACGGCAGCCUGGACUUUGUGCCGUCGCGCAUCCUCUCCUAUACACCCCAGCUGUGGAUGUUUGAGAUCAAGAACGCGAACAUUACGCGGGUGGUCAGCGAGGCGUUCACAGAGUCGGAAAGCGUCGCAGAGUUGAGACUCACCAGUAACGGGAUAGUGCGCCUUGAAAAGCACGCAUUCAACAGCCUGACGAACCUCACUCGUCUCAACCUCGGCAAGAACAAGAUUACGGCUCUAGGGCGACAUGUGUUCAAAAACUUACCUAAGCUGAAGCUGCUCUUCAUGGACCGGAACGAGAUCGCCAAGAUUCGCAGUGGUGCGUUCGUCGGACUAGACGUGCUCCAAGUUCUAGAGCUCUACGACAACAGGCUCGACCACCUAUCUCACGGAACUUUCCGUGGACUGAAAAAGCUGGAGAGACUUGACCUGCACCGUAACCUCAUCGAGACGAUCGAGGACCGCACCUUCAGCACAUUACCGAGCCUGAGAGAGCUAGACUUGGAGGGGAACAGGAUCAAAUACAUCAGCGAGAAGGGCUUUAGUGGCCUGAAGAAUCUGAUGCGUCUGAACUUGCACGACAAUAAGCUGCUGAGCAUUCUGCCGGGUACUUUUGUGGAGACGCCUGAACUGUUCUUCCUGGAUCUGCGUCAGAAUGUGUUGGACACACUGGAGGAAAAGACAUUUUCGCCCAUCAUGGACAACCUGAAGAACAUCACGAUGUACCUCUUCGUCCGAGACAACGCGCUGCACUGCGACUGCCGGCUGGCGUGGCUGCUCGGUCUUCGCACCGCCACCGCCUCCACCCACGUCCAGGCGGCGCUGGACAACACCGUGUGUCACAUGGAGGGCGACUCGCUGCCUGCCCGGCUGGAGACGGCCGUCACCGCCGACCCGCCUCUGGAGACGAGCACCCUGGGCAUCGGGCCGCCGGUCCGCCUCGUGGACCUCAAGGUUCAGGAGCUGCCCUGCGACCGACCUCUGGCGGAGGAUGCUAUCAAGGGAGACCAACACUCAAAGAAGCCGACCACUCAGCAGCAGCAUCAGAAGCAUCACCACCGACAGAGGCAGCAGGAGUUGGAGCAGCAGCAUCGUCAGAAGCAGCCGGACCCGCACCAUCAGAAACAGCAGGACCAGGGGCAGCUGGAUGGGGGCCAGCAGCGGCGGCUCAAGGCCGAGUCGCCUCCGCCAGCCGGAGCGUCCGUUCGCAGGGAGGAUGCUCCGAUGGCCCGGGGAGGGGCCGGUGUUGCAGCCUCCAGCGCCUGGGUUCUGUUGCUGACUUCACUCGCCGUGGCGACCGCGGCACGGUAGGCUGCCGACGACACUCAGACUGAGAAUAGUCGUAACGCGGGUGAAGACGGUGAUGAAUGUGCGAAGAAGGGGAAGGGGGCUGCUUAGUGCGAAAAGAGCACUUCGUUGUCCAUGAAGACGCGUGCAUUGUACGAAACCUCAGACGUUGUAACAUCACCAACUGAUGGCCCUAAGAAUGACAUUUGACGCCAUCACAGGACGCAGACACGUUGUGUGACGCUCCGUUUAGUGCGCGUUUAGUGCCAACCGGUUCGUGUCACAGCGAUUGUUGUCAGCGAUUACCGAUUCCACCGCGGUGUUGGACGCUGGGCGGCAGGUAAGCUUGAAACAUUGACAGUGGGACUGGGCAUCAGUUGUGACCAGCGAGGUUGCUGGCAGGAUCUUGUAAGACACUGAAAGACAGUCAGGGCCUUUACAUCAGCGACAAGCGAUGUUCCACAGAGGAGCCUGUGAGUCUCUGAAAGGCAGUGGCUGGAAGUUACUGACCAGCUUAUAGAAGGACCCCGAAAGGCAGACUGAGCCUACAGGUCGCUGAUUAAUGAGAUCGUUAACCAGUCUGUACAGACAUUACUGGUGAUCAGUCACUGGCCAUACACUAUAUGUGAAUCCCCCAUGCGGACUCGGUCGUCUGUGUAGCAUGCAUCCCCAUUGCCAGUCGACGGGCAUUCGAAUGAACGCAGGUCUUCUUCAGCCCACACUGUCGUGUAACGAUGACCCCUUGAUAUGGAUGAACGAACAUGGGUGGUGUCCGGUCAUGUUCAAUUAUGUCUGUGCCCAUGUCUUCUACCACUGAUAUUCGUUUAUGGCGAACCUCAGUGGUUAUCUUCAUGUACUUUGCUUGUGAGUGUGGUCAAAUAUUUGCCCUGUGUCGUAUCUCUCUCCUUGGAACAUCGUAUCCGCUAUAUACGUGCUCCUCAUUAGUCAAACUAAUUGGCUCAUUCGCAUGAUAACCGUGUAUUCUUUGACAGCCGUGACAGCCACACUCGUACGCACAAACACACAACACGCACACACAUCCCCGCUCACGUCUGCCACCAUGGUGCUUCUGUGUUUUACGGUGCUCUCGCCUCUCAGAGUGGAAAGGUCCUCAACGCCCCGACGACUCAUCGUCGACAUACUCACGUCAUCGCGGCUACUGACACCGCGAGGGGAGUCUCGAGCGUGUGAUGAGGAGCGAGUGGCCGCACCGUCAUAGCCGAGCAAACGACACGUAGAUUGGGCCAAUACUGCGUACCGUCUGGCCAGGUCUUGGCACUUGUUCAAACACUCUCCGGGGCGAGCGGGCCGGACGCGCCGUCCCGCCCUGUGCAUAUUUCAUGGCGGUGCCUGUGAUGGCGGACGGCGAGCGAUGCGUGAAAAGGUCUGAUAUAGGAAUACCUGUGUAGGCGGCGAAUGCUGUCAAAGCUGCAGAGCGGGUUGCAUACAGCCUCGUCGGUGCAGUUUGUGCUUUUACAGUAUGUGGUAGGAUGUGUUUUAGACUGUCCUAUAACUAAACAAUACAGCUGUUGGAUAAAUUGCAUUACCGUGGAAAGCACCGUGUUGCUGCGUCUUGAAACUUGUACAUUUGGUUUUCUGGAUGGAAUACGACAUUCCUAUUUACUGCCGGCACGCAGUUCUUUGAUUGUGGAUUGAGUUGUUAAGUCGAAUGGUCCGUUCCUGUUUAUAAUUUUUCUUAUCUUUAGUCGCUCUAUUUUCCAAUUAUUUCCGAAAGAUCGUGCAUGUAGCUAGACCUCCGUUUGGUAUCAUACCUAUCGUCUUUUACCCAAUGCCUAUUACUCUGCACUGGACUGACUACGUUAUAGUAGUUCAAAGCGAGAAACUACAUAGACGGAUGUGUUUUGAAUGCUUACUACUCAGGCAUGCCUAACAUCGAUUCGCAGUAAACGGUCUCGGAAGAAUAAAUAAUUCGCUCUAUUUUG